GUGAUCUCCAUCCAGGCACCUGAAGGCUUUCAGUUCAAUGAUGGGCAGACCGACACUUGCGACAACUUCCGCUGGGAGCCUGCCGAGGACGCUUAUUUGUACUUGCCGAAUUCCAAGAUCAGCUGUACCAUGAACAACCUCACCAUGGAGGUGCGCGAGCCGAAGAAUGUCCCCGAGCUACGCACCAUGAUGCUCCGCCUCGACUCGCAGAACCCGGCAAAGACGCCACAUGUUAUGCUGAAUCACUGGAGCAUCACACAUUUAUCCAAUGGUGUGAUAAUGAGCACGGAGGCUCUCUCCAGUUGGGAUGUGGUGCCCCAGCUGGCCAACGUGCGCGUGAUGUUGGUGGGCCAGCAGAAAGCCGAGAAUUCAAUCUCCAACAUGGCGGUCUCCUUCCGACCGGUGUCAGAUGCAGAUGAGCUCACGCUGCAGGCCUUGCAGCCCACCGGCUUCGACUUCACUGGAGCGACUGCCAUCUCCUUGGGCCAUGAG